AUGUCUGCAGUUGGAUCUCUAGUAUUUUGUACGGAUUGUGGCAAUCUGUUGGAAAGUUCUACUGGUAACAAGAAUACCAUUUUGACAUGCGAUUGCUGUGGAGCAGAAAAUAAAGAUACUGCUUCACAAACAAUCGAGACGAGAACGAAAGAAGCAUCCUUCCCCUCAGUAUUGCGUCAAAAAAGAUCAGUCGUUCAAACGGUAGAGAAGUCUGAUUAUGAGAAUCAAGCAAUGAGUAAAACGCCAUGCCCAGAAUGCGGCGCAAAGGAGGUCAGAUUCACCGCAGUACAAUUGAGAAGUGCGGAUGAAGGAAGUACCAUUUUCUACAACUGUACCUGUGGAAACAAGUGGACCGAGAACAAUUAA